UGUGCGCAUGCGUAGCGCGCUACAUCCAGCACUCGUCUCAGGGACAUUUGGUUUUUGACGGGGAAAAUUAGGCAGAGAUACGGAAACACGCUUCUCGCUCCCAUUUCAAUCUUUUUUAUGCCCAUUGCCAUUUGCGAGUAAAAUGGAGAGGAAGAACGAAAUCAAUGGCCAUGCCAUAUCUGAAUGCGCCGAACCGGUCAUCACGGGUGCAGCCAAGGGUGAUCCAAAAUCUUUUAAAGAUAUCGCGGUAUUUUUGAAGAGGAAUCUGUUGGUAAUACUUACGGUGACUGGUGUGCUGGUGGGUGUUGGGUUUGGCAUGAUGGUCCGCAGCAUGCAGCUCACUCGGGCAGAGAUGACUUACUUCGCCUUCCCCGGGGAAAUGUUGCUGCGGAUGCUGAAGAUGAUCAUCCUUCCCUUGGUGGUGUGCAGUCUGAUCUCAGGCGCGGCCAGCCUGGACACCCGGUCCCUCGGCAAAUUGGGCGGAAUUGCGAUCGGGUACUUUUUUGUGACCACUCUGGCUUCUGCGAUCGGCGUGGCCCUGGCCUUCAUCAUCAAACCCGGCGUCGGCGCCAGUGCCCUCAACACCAACAGCUUGGGACUCCAAAGCGUCUCUACCAGCAAGGAGACCACCGACUCCUUUUUAGAUCUUGCCAGGAACCUGUUUCCAGCUAAUCUAGUGGCUGCUGCCUUCCGCACGUAUGCGACUGAUUACAAGAUGGUCGCUGUGGGAAACGACACCAACGGAACGGUUAUCUACCAGAAGGUACCGUUUGGCAUGGAGUCGGAUGGCAUGAACAUCCUAGGCCUGGUUCUCUUCGCCAUGGUGUUUGGGGUGGCGCUGAAGAAGCUGGGGGCCGAGGGCGAGGAGCUCAUCCGAUUCUUUAACGCCUUCAACGAAGCGACUAUGGUGUUGGUCUCCUGGAUCAUGUGGUACGUGCCUGUGGGCAUCAUGUUCCUGGUGGGCAGCAAGAUCGUUGAGAUGGAGGACGUGGUGCUCCUGGUCACCAGCCUGGGGAAGUACAUCUUUGCCUCCAUCCUGGGCCACAUCAUCCACGGGGGCGUCGUGCUGCCCCUCAUCUACGCCUUCACCCGCAAGAACCCCUACAGCUUCCUGUCCGGCCUGAUCACCCCCUUCACCACCGCCUUUGCCACCUGUUCCAGCUCGGCCACGCUGCCAUCCAUGAUGAAGUGCGUGGAGGAGAACAACGGUGUGGACAAGCAUAUCAGCCGCUUUAUCCUGCCUAUUGGGGCCACCGUCAACAUGGACGGGGCGGCCAUCUUCCAGUGCGUCGCAGCCGUCUUCAUCGCGCAGCUGAACAAUUCGGAGCUCAACGCAGGACAGAUAUUCACCAUCCUGGUGACAGCCACUGCAUCCAGCGUGGGGGCGGCUGGCAUCCCCGCCGGGGGCAUCAUCACCAUUGCCAUCAUACUGGAAGCCAUAGGGCUGCCCACCAAUGAUCUGUCGCUCAUGCUCGCCGUUGAUUGGAUCGUGGACCGCACAACCACUGUGGUGAAUAUGGAGGGGGAUGCCCUCGGGGCGGGAAUCCUGCACCACAUCAACCAGGAGGACAUCAGGAAGAGGAAACAGGGUCGGCAGGAAGGGAAGUGGGAGGGGGAGCUGGCAGAGGUACGGGUGCAGGCUGAGGAGGAGACAUCCCCACUCGUCACCAUCCAGGGGCAGGCGGCCUUGCCGGGUCGUUCGGAGGAGAAGGGGAACAUUCAAUCGGUUUGCUGAACUGCAACCGGAAAAGGCAAUUAUGGGGGGUAGUCGAUUUCAAAAUGAAAGACUUACCUGUGAUGUGGGAGGAGGCUACCCUGAUAAAGCGGUCGCUGGGAAGGAGGUGACAUUUGUCAUAGAUUUGUAUUGUCGUUAGGAACACGCAAAGUAGCCUGAGUCAUUUCCGUAACGGAGGCUGCUUCUUUUAACCUUUUCUGCAUCCAUCAAAAUGGUCCUUUUCACCUUCAAGUAAUGAAUGAUUAAUUUUUUUUAAAUAAGAGGAUUGCCUUUAGCCAGUAGCCAUGAGGCUGUGGGGGGGGGGGGGGGUCACACAGGCUUAAAUUAUUAACAGGCUUCCUCUUUACUGCUGUUGGUCUGUGCUUAUCAAGCAUUAACUCUUUCGGAGAGGGGGGGGGACGUAGCUUAGGGUGCCUUGCCGGUUUGAUGUCCGGCGUGGGAUUGUGGCAGCUGCUGUGGACUGGAAGGAUCUUCAUUUCAGUCCCCCCAUGUCACAUUGGAGCGAUGUUUCCAAAACCAGGAAGAGAAUGCGGGGCGUGUUGACACCGUUUUCCCCUGAUGGCGGGACCGUGCACCGAGUCAGAACCGGCUCCAUGCUUCUCGUGCCAAGCUACAGCGAGAACACAGCAGCCAUGUUGGUCUGUUAAUAACAGCCUUGAACUUUAUUUUUUAAUAGAAUGUCAUGUGGUCCAAAGUGUGAAUAUCUGGCCCAGAUUAAACCAAUUGCAUUCAUUCUUAACUUUGACAUAUUUACAUGUUACCAUUUUUAUUACUUACUCACUAUGUGUAGUUUAUACACUGCCAAACAAUGUGUUUUAUAAAUAAUCGUAUGGUUACCGUGCGCAUUUUAAAUCACUUUAUCUAAGCAAUGCCAACAUUGGCAUCUGUUUUUCACAUAGCAGUUAAAAAAAUAAAAUCUAAAUCUUUAUUUUUGUUUUACCCUUUCCCAGAUAGAAAAGAACGUGCACGUGAUCUUUGGUUCAUUUUGAACGGACACUGAAACUUUUAUCAUACUGAGAAAACCAGCUGCAAAUAAACAAAUCAAACAGCACCGGGCUAUCAGAAUUUGCCAAAAUCACUUCUGAUUGGCUGACCUGAGAUGAUUGUCAACAAUGGAAAAAGUUAUUUUUAUGUUUAAGUUUUUAAAAUUUAUUACAAAUUUAUUGUCAGUAUAUAUUUCUUUUCAUUAACAGCAACUCUUCUUUCUUUCUUUCUUUUUUUUUUUUAAAAAAAGAAUAUCUAGUACUCUCCACCAGGAAGUCAUAUAAUAUAGAGUGGAAGGAAGGAUGUUCGGGUUUUAAUAUGAGAAUUUGUAUUUUUUUAGUCUUUAGACACAGUCCUGUCACAAAACGUCAUUUUAGGUAUUAUGAAAUUAAAAAUGUCUGUUGUCUACAAACCUUUUGCUACG